AAACCGCAGUGAAAACAGGGCUAUCAGUUCCACUCGGCCGUCAUUAGACCCGAGCUUCCCUGUGACCCCGGGGGCUUGAACUCUGCCGGUCACAUGACCCGCCCGUAAACUGACCAGCGGGGCCGGCUGAGGCGGAGAGCACUGAGGGAGCAGUGUGCUGCGGGGAGAGGUGGAGGACACACGCAGGGACACGCAGGGACACGCAGGCACGGAGCCAGGAGCGCCAUGGGGCAGAGUCCCCACGCCAGGGGUCCUCUCUGUAGCUGAGAAUAUACCGAGUGGCCGACAGGCAUUGCGCAGGACAGCCGCAAGAAGAAUGAGAUGGAUACGUGGGAAGAUGACCAGGCAGAGCAGCGCACGUGCCUCAUCUGCGGUGACCGCGCCACGGGCCUGCACUACGGCAUCAUCUCCUGCGAGGGCUGCAAGGGCUUCUUCAAGCGCAGCAUCUGCAACAAGCGCGUCUACCGCUGCAGCCGCGACCGCAACUGCGAGAUGUCGCGCAAGCAGCGCAACCGCUGCCAGUACUGCCGUCUGCUCAAGUGUCUGCAGAUGGGCAUGAACCGCAAAGCAAUCAGAGAGGAUGGGAUGCCUGGGGGUCGGAAUAAAAGCAUCGGGCCUGUUCAGAUCUCGGAUGAGGAGAUUGAGCGGAUCAUGUCUGGCCAGGAGUUCAAGGAGGAAGCCAGCCUACCGGAGCACACCUGGAGUAACAACGGCGACAGCGACCACAGCUCCCCCAGCAACGGCGUCUCUGAGGGCAACCAGCCCUCGCCGGCCUCCACCUUGUCAUCAAACCGCUCUCUGGAGAUGAAUGGCUACUCAUCGGCGCUCCGGGAACAAUACAUGGGCACACCGGUGGCACCGCACUACCCGUUCCUGCCGCACCUCUUCGGCUACGCUGCAGCAGCGCAGUCGGGCCUGCUGCCCCCCCAGCCCCGGAACCUGUACCCCCAAUCGCAAACACUCAUCUCCCAGCUGGUGGCCGCUGAGGAAAUGGCACCCCUGGGAACCCCCAUGCUCAUCGAGGACGGGUACAAGGUGACCCAGGUGGAGCUCUUCGCCCUGCUCUGCCGGCUGGCAGACGAGCUGCUCUUCCGGCAGAUCUCCUGGGUGAAGCGACUGCCCUUCUUCUGUGAGCUUUCCAUCGAGGACUACACCUGCCUGCUGAGCGCCACUUGGCAGGAGCUGCUGCUGCUCUCCUGCCUGACCAUCUACAGCGGCCAGGUCUUCGGCGACCUGGCCGACGUCACUGCCAAGUACACGCCGUCCGACGACGAGCUGCAGGGGUUCAGUGAGGACAGCAUGGAGGUGAUGGAGAGGCUGAUAUAUCUGUUCCGCAAGUUCCACCAGCUGAAGGUCAGCAGUGAAGAGUACGUCUGCAUGAAGGCCGUCAACUUCCUCAACCAAGAUAUUCGGGGGCUGACCAACGUAUCCCAGCUGGAACAGCUGAACAAGCGUUACUGGUACGUCUGUCAGGACUACACGGAGUACAAGUACCCGCACCAGCCUAAGCGGUUUCCGGAGAUUAUGAUGUGUUUGCCGGAGAUCCGCUGCAUUGCAGGAAAGCUGGUGAGUGUGCCCCUGGAACAGCUCCCCCUGCUCUUCAAAGCUGUUCUGCACUCCUGCAAGUCUAGCCUGAAUAGCUACAGGACAGGGACCUCCCCCUGCAUCACCACAGGCACCACCCCCGGGAACUAAGCCACGCCCACCGAGCCCGCUUAGCGAGGGACCAGAGGGGGACUGCACCCCCCUUUUUGUGAAUGUGACAAGCAGCUAUUUUAAGCUAUUAUCUCUUUAUAUUUAUUUCACGACAGAGCUGAAUGUAUGACGACCUACGCAAUGCACACGCUUCUGUACAAACUACUGCACAAAUGACGCCUCGGUCUUCACAGUUUACAAGUGUGUGUUUGAUCGUUUAAUGUAACCGCUUUGCCAUUUUAGGGCUAGCUUUUAUAGAUGUAUUUUAUUUCUUUCGUAAUGCGGGGUUAUUGCAUCAGAUGAAUUAUGUUUUAUUGUAAGACUACCUCAUGAACAUAGUUUUAUUAUUCCAGGUACCGUUUCUCCCCUCUCUAGAAAAUGUUCCCCAGUCUAAAUUUUGUUAUCGAUAUUUUUUUUCCUCCUAAACCAAAAAGUCGCCACAUCCGGCAGUGUUGCUCAACAGCUGCAACUGUCACGAAAAUCCCCGCGUUUCCCGAUUAGACCAGUGUUAGAUAUGCAUCAUGGGAAACACUGGGCUGUCUUCAGAAAAACGCGGGUUCGAAUGUAUUCAGGCCAGCUUCUCUGAGAUUGCGAUUUGUAGGCUGGUUGCUCAGGCCUUGGCUGGGAAGAUGAGCUUCGAUGUGUAGCAACUGCUAUCAAGCUAACCAGCUUCUUGAUGAUAUUCUCUACUUCUGUGUGUCAUCUGGAAGCCUUAAGAAGACGGGAAAUAUAUAUAAUAGACAUCAGAGUUAGACUGAAACCUCUGAUUUGUUCAGUCUUUUAAAUGGUUAAUUAGAUUCACUUUUUAUUUUAGAUUUACUCAAAAGGCUAUAUAUAUAUAUAUAUAAAUAUAUAUAUACACACACACACGUUGAUAGAUUUAUUUGUUGUGCCAGGAUUGCCUCAUAGCAGAGCUGUAUGCCGAGGUCUGGCUCCCCAGAAGGUUUGCUUGUCGUUUUUCUGCUGUCAUGCGGCUUGCUAACGAAAAAAAAAAUUUAUACGGGUAUUUUCUACAAUCCUGGACUGGGGAAAAAGGGGAGUGGGGGGAGAAAGAGAGUGAGGUGUGUUUUUAUGUUUGCUUGUUUUUUUUUGUUUUUUUUUUUCCUCUCCUUGCUUUUUGACCAAAGUGUAGGAAUAUUAUGCAAGAUGUUUUUGAGCGCCCUCUACAGGAGUGGUGGUGUAGGGCCAGCGUCCAUGGCCCUGCUAAAGGCAUGAGCCAGUCCGACAGAUGCAGCUGACGUCUUGCAGUCGGGGAGAUGGGUGGGAUUGCCCUGAGCCGCAGAGCUGGAGUCAGUGUCCCCCCCGGGGGUCCAAACAGUGACUUUCACCUGGUGGUGAAUCACCUGCUUCCGGUUCCUGUCGGUUUUCUGUGACCUGAAAUGCAUUUCUGCCUGGUUAUAAACAGGACAUUGGCCCUGCCUCCCCAUACGAAAUAUUGAUGGGUGCAAUUCUUUCCAGUAUUUUAGUGCUAAAUUUGAGAUUUGCAUUUUGUAAAAUCUGCCAGGUGUGUCAGAGUUUGGCUGUAGGUUAGAGAAAGGUCUGAAAACAAGACGGUUCUCUCCAUGCCAUGACCACACCCCCAGCUCUGCGCUUGCUCCCAUUGGUUGCUCAUUAGCUCAUCGGAGCUCUCAUUGGUCCUUUCUCAUGUCCUCUAGGACUUGUGUUAAAACAGGGUAAAGUGAAUGUAUUUUUAUUGCAUUCGGAAGUUACUCAGAUGUCGCUAUGCCGAUUUUACAUGUAGAGUUUGUAGCUGUAGGUUUUAGGAUAUUGUAGCUUGUUUCAGUAGGCACGUUCUUGUCUGUAUUCCUUUGUUUUUAUUAUUUUUUUUUGGGGGGGAGGGAGUCUUUGGUUUGAAGAGUACAUUUGAUGAUCUGGAAUAUCAAAACUCAGAAGUUCAAACCAGGGAAAAUUUGGAUUUGGCUUAAUCUUUAAUGGAAACGUGUGGCUGUUGGUGAAGGAGAGUGGAUUCAGUGAUGAUUCCUGCGGAUGGAUUUAAGGCUGCACAUCAUCUCAGGACCCAGCAGAGGAUGGGGUGCUACAGAGUGCCAGAGCACCUCCCCGAGGAUGAGCGCUGAAUGGUCUCACCAGCCAUUGUCUAAGCAAAGAACAUUCCAGAAAUGCUAAAUGUACUUUUUAAAAACAAAAAAAAAAGAAAUGUAAGUGUUUACAAUUUGCACCAGACAAUGACAAAAUGACAAGCGAUACCAAAGGCUUGGCUUCGCUGUAUCCGAGCUGUUUGUUCAAACCGCGUUUGGCCUUUUCCCCUCAGUGUGUCACUGUCACACGCCCACAGCCGUCUGCCGGCAUUUUUGGAUUUUCAACGGAAGUGGCGCCAAAGGGCCUUAGAUGCCCGUUUCUCUUUCAUUUUGUUUCAUCGGCUUCAGCUCGAGUGUUUAUCUUCCAUUUAAUCCAUAUGAAUAGUUACUGCAAAUAUUUAGAAUUUUCUGCGAGGGUUUAUUUGAGAUUUUUUCCCCCACGUUCUUUGAAGUGAAGGCUUUUCCUUUGUCUCUUUCUGCUUCGUCCCCCGUUCUUGCGGAGAGCCUGUCAGAUGCCCGCCAGGGUCUCGUCUCCUUCCUGGAUGCCGACUACAGGGGGGGCGCCGGGUUCAGCCCUUCAGAAGUUCCACCUUCAGCUGGUUGAAUUCUGAUGAAGGAAUGUGUUGGAGACCAGGUGUAUUUGAGCUCAGGUCCAGAUGGGGGUGGGCGCCGAACGUGCACUGCACCCUCCAAAAAGCUCAGGGAUGGACAUGAGGCCUUAGGGACGCCCGUGUCCAGAAGCGCAUGUCUGGGUAGCGGUGACCUCUGACCCUGCGAGGCCUAGGCUACAACGUUCUUUCACAAGCCGGUGCUCACAAAUGUUUUUGUAGGUCUCCAGUGGUGAGUGAUGUUCUUGAUCUGUCCUGUCUGCCUGAGAUUUAGUACUACCGAGUCCUGCUUGCACCCACG